CAUGUGACUUGGUUAGAGAGAGAGAGAGAUCCAAUCAGAUUACAUGUCUCAUGCUUUGAAUUAGUGUUUGUUUUCUUCUCAAAAAAAAAAAAUUAGUGUUUGUUUUCUCUCUCGUCUCUCUUACUAUCGUCCCUUCAGCGUAUAUAUCUCACGUUUUCUAACUCCAAACCUCUAAGCCUCAAAGGUUUAGAAUUUCCGGAUCUCACACACACACACGUACAGGCACAGGAGUGCUUUUGAAGCUUUAGAAACACAAAAGUUGAAGGAAAAAUGAAAGGUGGAGGGGUUGUAAUCGAAGAUGGCUUCAUAUGCGAAGAAGAGAAACAUCUCACUGUGCUAAAGACCUCUAUUUUCUUCGCCGGCGAUGGCUUCACCGUCUACGACUGCAAAGGUCAGCUUGUUUUCCGAGUCGACUCGUACGGACCUGACACUCGUGACAAGGGCGAAGUCGUCCUCAUGGAUGCAUCUGGCCGCUGCCUCCUUACAGUCCGGAGAAAGAGGCCUAGUCUCCAUCAUCGCUGGGAAGGCUUCUUAGGAGAGGGAACAGAGGAUCAAAAAAACCCGAUCUUCAGCGUACGCAGAUCAUCAAUAAUCGGACGGUCAAGCGUGACGGUGGAGGUGUUCUCGAAUCCAGGUGAGGAGUACCAGAUCGAGGGUUCAUUUGCACAAAGGUGUUGCACAAUCUUGAAUGCAGAGAAGGAACCAGUGGCUGAGAUUCGACGCAAAGUCGAUGCUUCGGCCAAUGUGGUGCUUGGCAAAGAUGUUUUCUCUCUCUCCCUCAAGCCUGGCUUUGAGGGUGCUUUUGCCAUGGGCUUGGUUCUUGUUCUUGAUCAGAUCAACGGCGAUGAUUAUGCUGAUGACAAUAAUGGUGGGGUCGAAGAUGUGGACCCCACCACUGAGGAUUCAAAUAUCUCUCCUUAAUCUUGUUUUUAUCUGAUGUAAUUUUUUAAUUUUCGGAGGUUCGAGAUCAAUGGGGUUUGUCUCUGUUGGGGAAACUGGUCUUUGUUUAUUAUUGUUUUCAGGAAGAAAUAUAUUUAUAUAAUAAAAUAUUUAGGUGUUUAAAA